GCGCCGCUGCAACAGGCUGCGGUUGUCCGCUCGUAGUACGUAUAGCUGUGUGAAGUGAAAGUGUGUUUCCGUUAUGUGUUCGCCACAUUUAACAUAAAAGACACUGAGAGAUGUCGUCGUCCAAGUACGCAAAACUCGAGCAAGACUACCAGAAGCUAGUCGGCGAGAUGGGUGUGCUGCAAUGUCGGUUGGAGAGCAAGGCGGAGGCCCUUCUCAUCCUCACACGUGACCUGGAACAGUGCCAGAGCGAGCGUGACCAGUUCAAGCUCAUGGCUGACCAGCUCCGUGAGCGUCACGGCGAACUACGCAGGCGCCUCCAGGCGUGGGGUCCAACGGUAGCAAGUGUGUACGAUGGCAAGAACCUCAAGGGCCAGACUGAGAAGAGCUUGGCACAGCUGCUGUGUGACCUGAAGGAGCAGAACCGGCGACUGCAGUCCGAGAACGAGUCGCUCACCCAGAAACUCCGGGAGUCUCUUGAAGAUGGCAAGCUUCUGCGAGAGCAGCUGCAGGAGCAGGGACACAGCCGCCGUGCAUCCGAUCCGUGCACCCAGUGCUCGACAAAGCAGGACCGCCAGGAGCUGGUGCGGCAGCUUGAGUUGCUCCAGUCUCGGUGCUCCAUGCUGGAGGGCGACCUGCAGGCAGUGCUGGAUGAGAAGGAGGAACUGGUGCGGACAGGGGAUGCGUACCGGCAGAAGGUGGACCGACUCAACCUGCAGCUGAAUCAUGCACUACGUGGAGGUGCCGACUAUGUGCCGCUUGACGUUGAUGCCUUGCUCAUGGAGAACAGGUACAUGCACGAGCGACUUCAGCUUGUCCAGGAGGAGAAGUCCUUACUCACAGCCUCACUCAACAAGUUCAAGAGCCUGGCAGAGAAGAACCGUGGCCGUGCAAGCACAGCAGUCCUGGCAGGGAUUUCCAGCAAACAGAUGCAACAGCUGUUGCAGGACAGCUGUCUGGACCUGAGCACAGCGGGGGCUGACCUGCGUAGUCUGGUGGCCCUCCUGCUGGAGGCACUCAACGACCGCACCCUGGCGCUCAGCCACCAACGCAAGGCCAACAAAGUUCUGGGCAAACGUGUGACAGAGCUAGAGAGCAAGCUCAAGUGUGACGGCACCUGGAGGGUCAACAUGCCCCUCUCAAGCACAGAUCCAGCAAAACUGACCAACAGGAGUAAAGGAAGCAGUAACUUAGAAGAUGCCAACUCGUUGUCUAUUGGUGCAGUGGAGUUAUCGGCGUCCAAGCCAACACCAGACAAAGACGUUCCACGUUCAGUGAUCUCGAGGGAGAACUCGCGUGACGAGGGGGAAGACUGUGUAGCAGGAGAGGAGGACCUUCCCCCGGAGCUGCAGCGGCUCCUCUCAGCUGCCAUGAAGGAGCUCAAGUCACCCCAGCACCGAGCACUCCCACCCCCUCACAAAGAAGUGGCUGACCUUGCCUGCUGACAUAGGGCAUCCUCUGGCAGUGGCACGACCAAGAUCCAUCGCCAGUAUAGUGUUUGAAGCAGCAUUGUACGACCUGCGAAUCCACGACUGUGGCAUGCACAAGAAAGCACACUUACGCCAUGAACCACAUAUCCUGCACAUCAGUGAGUGCCAAGACAUCAGGAUGUGCUCAAGCUGCAUUGAGUGUGUGCAACGUAAUUUUGGGACGGAUGCUUUUCACAUUUCAGCACCGAUGUAUACACCUUUUCACCGGGGCUCGAGAUUCUUGCAUGUUGAUACAAAGUGUACAUGUUGCCACUGUUCCUAGUGCUUUUUAGCCAGUGCUCCCAUAGGCUCCCAACAGUCUCGAGGCAUCAUGGUGAUGGCGAGGGAGCGCUUGUCGGAAAGAUCCAUAGGCACCGUGCAGAUGUUGCACGGUGCUACAAGUGCUUUAUUGAACAGUGCACGUAAAAUAGACAAUUUUAACGGCAAAGGCAGGACACGCAGCAUGGUCAGCACAUUUUUCUGCCAUAUUUAUAAUGUUUACUGUCAUUAAUCAACUGUUUGAAUUAAAGAAAACGAGGAAAUAUAUAUGGCUGCUGCCUACAUGACUGAUUGCACGUGCAGGUCAUGUAAAACAUGCAGCAAGAUUGAAAGUAUAAUGCACCACUGCCAGUGGUUAUCGCUGCUUGCAGAAGCUCGGCAUGUGGAGAAGCUUGUAACGUAAAGGCAUCAUGAGCACCUUUGCCUCUUCAGAGGACAAGACCAACACACAGUUAUCAAAACAUACUAACGUACCUUUGCUAGCGAGCAGUGGUUAUCAAAAAUCUAAACAAGGCUGUGGAAAUGCUUGUGACAAAUGCACCUUUGCUAGGAAGAAUUGGUCAUCUAAUGCUCUUGGCAUUCGAGUUCACAAGGCUUCGACAAAAUUGGGGAUAUGUAAACGGUGUCUCCUCUGCUCCUGUGUUUUCUUAGCUGCUACUGUAUUCCACGACGUGAAAAGUUGGCUUAGACUUUAUCCAUCAAGCGUGCAAAGGGCACGUACAGACAAAAGCAGCUAUCUGUUAGCAACUAUCUGUUCCUUGUGGUAUGCCUGCGACCUCCUGAAAGUGCCAGGAGAAGGGGCCAUGAAUGCAUUCAUUUCAUUCACCUCUGACUCGUAAUUGGGCUGUGGCUGACACUAUCGUUUCACUGUCUCUUUUUUAUGCCUUGAUCUCAUAAACACACAAUCAAUCAUGCAAGUUACUGCCACCCGAUUGUUUAAUGCAAAACAUUUCAUUUCAGAAUUGCAUCCUGCAUUUUUUCUUGAGUAUCGCCUGUUUUGAAUGCCCCAGACUAAAUUCCAGCCAGUUGGGAUUUCUGUCAGCUGUGCUGUCUGACAACUUGCUGAAGAUACACAGUGCCUAUACUAGUUGGCUCUCAUAGAGUUUCAUAACAACUUUCUAGAGGAAUGUAUGGAACUGAAGUUACUUAAAGGGAUGCUAAGAAGAAAAGCAAAUUCAGUUUUGUUAGCAAUUCAUUGUUAUACAAAACCGAAAUGGCCACUUUUACUUUAAAACACAAAAGCAAAAGGUGGGUGGAGCCAUUGCCUGGAACUUCCCAUAACAGCUUGCCCCCCAUAUUAUGGAUUUGGAUUGCAUCUGCUUGGGGCCUGGUGAGUCUUUUUUAUCAGUAAAGAUGGACUACCGUAUUUACUCCAUUAUAAGGCAGUCAUGAUUAUAAGAUGAGAGUGCAGUUGCGGGGCUCAAGAAAAAGAACUUAAGUAUGCACACUAGUAUAAGGCGAUGUAGAAUUGCUGACAGACUGUUCAGACUUGGCAGGGGUUGCCCGAAAUAAUCUAAAGUCUCCCGGAAUAAUCGGUGCAGGUUAUGUGCAGUUCUGUCUUGAGGUGUGACUUCACAGUGCCACAAAGACACAAAGGCGAAGUUCACAUACGACCCGCACCUCACCUUUACUGUUAAAUUUUGUUUAAAAGAGCCAAAGGCUGAACGUAGCAAGUUUUGAGAACGUUUACUGAGCCACAGUAAACCAAAUACGAAAAAAUAAUUUGAAAUCCGUGACAUCACACUGAUGUACCGAUGCUGGGGUUCUUAAGUUUGACCUUUUUCUCUCCGAAUAUGUAACCUAGUGCAGUGGAAUUAACAGAAAGAGAGUAUUGAAACAGUAUUUUAUCAGUGUAAACUACUUUCUUGUUCCUCUUUAGUUGCCCUUUAAUUGACUACCUUCAGAAUAACAGGAAAUACAGGAUUCAUUAGGACUGACACUCUGUUGACUUGCACUUGCACAACUAUGAAGUUUAGCAAGUUGAGUUUGCCUCCACUUGGUUUGCAAUAUGAUCUAGUCACGGCUUGGUAGCCAAUGGUGCUUCCACAAAGUUGCACCAAAUUUGCAUGAGUGCACAGAUUUUAUGUUCCACAUCACACUAAAACUGCUGCAGAACUAACCCUCAGCAGUGACCGCCACUGUGCAACCAAAUGAUUUAUAUUUUGCUGGUGAGAAUUCGUGGCUUCACGACUCCGCGGUGCUUUAAGACAUCAUUCUCAAUAUUUUCAGGGGUAAAUUUUUCACACAUAUAAUAACUAAGGGCACCACCUUACUAGGAUCCCGCCAGAAAGCAAGGACUGGCUGCUGUCUGAGGAAGGGUGGGACUGGGGGUUAGUCUCCCAACCACCGCCAACCCUGAACCCCAUCAAGGACAUAAUAAAGUUUUAUCUCUCUCUCGUUGAAUUUGAGAAGUGCAGCAGUUUGACCUAAUUAGUGGCAGCCUUGUUGCCGAGUUUAUGCAGUCAGUGUUAUCACAGGUUGAGGAUUUGAUUUAUUGGUUGAUUGAUUGAUUGAUUCAUUGGCUUUAACACCUCGAAGCUGCACAAAGCUGCCGUGGCGGAUGGCUCCAGAGUAAUAUUGGCCACUUAGGGUUCUUUAACAUGUGCCUAAUUUAAGUACUGCACAACUGUUUUUGCAUUUCACCCCGUUGAAAUUCUACCGGCAAGGUUGGGUUUUGAACCCACAAUCUCAUGCUGAGCAGCAGAAUGCUAUAGUCACACAGGAUAAGGCACAAGCCGAGCAGAUUAUGACACUCACAUACUUUCCAUUGUCCCCAUACUGAAUGAAACAUCACUUUGAGAAACCAAACAAUGCAGACACUGGUGCCUCUACAUUUCUCUGUAGUUAAUGUUUUAGAAACACUAUGCCAGAGCCUCCUCUGUACUACUCUUUCCAAUGCCAGUCACGUCGCCCACAUUUCAAUGGGCAGACCUCUGCUGCUGCGUUUCACGCACCGACUGCCAGAGGUGCCAGCUUCUGACCCUCUCGCUCGUUCUCAAGGGUGGAAGGUUUCGAACACGCUGCACCCAUUCAUUUCGCUGGCUCUGUGUUCCCACAGUAAAUUGAAUACAUAAUUCUUUCACAGCUUGCAUCAUGAGAGGCAUGGUUAAAGGCUCCAGAUACUCACAAUUACGUGCACGAACCUGGGAAGCUGAUAUAUAGAAUCAUAUACGUACCGUACCAUUGCAGCGAACUUGGAAUGACCCAAAUAAAGAACUGCAAAUGCAAGAAAUAUUCACACAGAUGCUCAAAUAACAAAGAGUUUAUUCAUUACUGUCUGGUGCAAAAAUACAUGCUACCAGACAAAAAAAAAAAGAAGAAUGGUGAAAAUGUUCAAAGAAAAUUUUGUGCAUGUUCAUAAUACUGAGGCUUUGUUCCCGUAAGUUUCUGGAAUUUCUUGGUCUUCAUUGUAUACAACACAUUUGUAAAAUUUGAAGCAAGAUGAAGCAGAUGUAAGCACAUAAGGUUAGCUAGUGUCUUUGUAACCUUUGAGAGUAUGAUAUAUAUUGGCUCAGUGCAGAAUAAUCUCGAAUGCCGGAAACAUUUUCACCUAUAUAUGCUGGAUUCCUUCCUUAGUUGAUUACUGGUAGUCUCGCCUUCUUUUUUUAGAGUCUGAAACAGUUUGAAUAAGUUUGUGCACUUUAAGUUUCUCCUUAGGCCGUCCAAGCAAAAUUUUUUAGGCAGUGACCAUGAUCUCUGACCAUCGAUCUCGUUCAUUUCAUGCUUUCUAGGUUCACGCCACUUCUUUUCAAGGAAGGCUUACGUCGAGCUUACCUUCUUCGUUUGUGUGUUGUUGAAUGCGAAACACAGCUUAAUACAAGCAUAGCUGUUUCCCACAACAGAUGCCUCAUUCGAGCAAAAGCUUGUCAUGUCUUGCAUGACUUCUUUUCCCAAGAGACCGAGGCGCUCCCUUUCAGGUCCCAGGAAACUUGAUCAGGCAUGCUUUCGCUGCUGUUUGGGAUUAACAUGGCCCGUAGACAAAGCCAAAUUCUGAUGUGCAUUUGGAUUGUUAGAACUAACAUAACAAGAGAACACCUGGAGUGAUGAUGUCUCAGACUUUCUUAUUACUACACUCUUCAAGGGCACCAAUGCAGGUGGUGUUCCAGUAGAGUGGACUUGUUAUGUGAUGUAUGGCUAUGUGCGAUAUGUGUGUUUCAUUCCCGAGUUGCGAGAAAGAUUAUUUUUUGAAGAUGAAGCGAUGUGGUGUCAUACUGAACUUCCGACAACAAGGUUCUAGUCAAUAGAAAAAUGAAUUCCACUUAUCUCCAAAUUAAUUGUUUUCCCUGUUUCUUACUGACUUGAAAUGUCUGUUGCUUAUUUGUUGCCAGCAAAGGCAGUUGUAGAAACUAAGUUGGCAAACAAGGUCCAACUGUUCAGGAAACUGUCCUGGUUAGAAUUAUGGCUGGGGACCCCUUAGUGCCUGGAGACCCACAGCACCUUGUAGUGAACAAGCUGUGGAACUUGCUAAGGAGUUAUGAUUCAAUGCUGUGUGUGUGCAAUUGACUGUCCUUUCUUAUUCGCUCAUGCACUGUCUUUUGCACUGUUCAAUAUGCAGCCGAAGUUUCUGUUGUGUGUACUUAGACACUGUGAUGGCGAGCAGUGUUGACUGUGUAGUUGAUUAAUAAUAAGCUUAGUGGCAGCAGGUUGUGUUCUUCACGUUCACCUCUAAGUCAUUGCUUGAAGUGGUAGUUUUAAGCACAGUAAAUUCCACAAAUCGCUCUAUUUCUCCAACCUGCACUUGCCGCAGACAUGCAAAUACAAGCCGCUGUACAUAGUUGAUGACAGUUAGUACUAUUGUCAAACGUGUUGUUUGUGCUACACAGGUGGCCUGUAAAUGACAGACACUGUUACAUGAAGCCAACAGAUUAUGGAGCCAAAAAAUGCCGUAAGGGAAAUGUACCACUUCUUUAAUUAAACUGGCAAUUAAAUAAGACAAAAUGGUUAGAUUUAUGAUGGAGGUUUCCAAUUUCCACUGUACUAACUUGCAGGAUGUUUGCAUUGAGAUAGCCUGCAUAGAGAUGAGGACAGUACACUGCGUGGAAUCUUCUCAGUAAAAUUGCAGCAGCGUCAUGAUACUCGCCUCAGGCACUGCAUCUGCGUUUGCCCGUGCCAAUACACGGCCCAAUAAUCACAACUUCUAAAGGACAUUAUGGUGAUGAAACUGUGUUGCAUGUAUGUUGAGAGAUUUCCGGUUAGAUUUGUGGUGCAAAAUUGGUUAAUAUAGGGAAAACAUAACACAAAUAAAAUGAAGUGCUGAAAGAGAGAUCAUGCAUGCUUGGUUGCAGUAGUACCAGAAAGCUGAUCAUGCAGCAGGUUCUCUCCUUGUGUUUGUUUUGACGAUAAAUGUUUUCGUCAGACAAAUUUCCAGAAGGCCUAUUUUCUUCCUUUUUGUUUUCUUUUUUCAAUACACUGCAUGCUAGACAUUAAAUUUCGUUCCUGUGAAAGAAAUACACUGUCACCAGGCUCAUGUACUGUGGCCUUGUCAUAUGUUCAGAGACCAAACAUCUGGAAAUUGUCUAGUCAAUGACGAUUGAUUCAGUUAGGGUGGGACCGAAGACACGAGCCCCCAAAGAUACAAGUCACCAAUAGCGCUUGAUAUACUUUAUUUACUCGUAAGGCCUGCACUUUGCCAAAUAUUUUACAGGCUGUGGGUCUUGCCUGACACAGGCUUAUGGCUACUCAUUGAAGCAUGCCACACGGUUGACAUAUUUAUAUAGUAUGCAAUCAGCUGGAGCUUCGAGGUUGCAGCAUAUGCCGCGAGGUGUUUUCCUAUCAGCUGUGGAACGCGCCCAAAUGCGCAGUGCAGCCGCACAACAAGCAGCAGCACAGCUGAUGCCAUUGAAACGUACUGGAUGUAAGCCGCAUUAUCCGUCUGGAUAUGGUAGUGAUGAUGAUACCAUCAUUGACAGGACAGUAACUAGUGCCACCUAGUAGUGGCUUGUGCAAAAUUGACCAGCAUGCAGGUAUGCACUAGACACUUAGGGAAACGUUUUCCCAAAUUUUCGCGCUCUAAAGUAAGGUUGCAGUCCUUUACACAAGGGUGAGCCAUACGUGAUUAAAUAUGGUAAAAUGUCUGGCGUGUAAAAUGUAGUGAACACAACUCUGAUGCAAUCAGUUUAAUUUACACACAGCCUCUUUCGCACUACAAAGGUGGAUAGGUAAAAGGGCUUCUGCAGAGUGUGUGGCCAGUGAAGAUAGUGUAUACAUACUCGGAAUAAAGCAUAUGCGGUUAACUAGAUGAGUUUGGCGGUAUGAAUUUUAAAUGAUGCUGUGAAGCAAAAAAAAAAAAAAGGGCUUGCAUUGUUUCCUCCAUUUGCUUCAUUUAUUGUUUGUGCUAUCUACAAAAUGUGGUUAAGUAAUCUCAUUGUCUGAUGCUGCAUGUCUCGUCAGUUAAAUAUCAAGUUAAGCGAGCUUGACAUCUUACACUUCGCUGAAAUGCUGAGCAUCACCAUCAUGCAAACAUGCUCGUAAUUGUUGAGCAACUAGUCACCAGGAAAAGGUUCGUCAUAGUGUUUAUGCACUGCCGUAAGGUCUGUUGAACUGUCUUUGUAGCAAUAUAUUGAAAUCUUGAGAGAACUAUUUCACAAGGAUUGUGGUUUGGGCAAGUUUGUAUUCCAUGGUGUGCCGCCCUAUCUCCCUUUUUUUUUCCUAGUCUGUCUUAUUUUCUCCAUUCUUUCUUAGUAGUGCUGAUUCAAGAAAACGACUCCUUGUAUUGUCAUAUUAGCAGUGAAAUUGCUUACACUUCAUUAGGCUUUGUCAAAAAUUUGUUUUGAACAACACUCGGAAGUUAUAUUGUUUGGCACUAGAUUGUUGCGUGUGCAUAGCUCAUGUGACUCAAUCGAUAUUUAACUGUUGCUAUGUCAGUACUACGUGUUUGUGAUAUUAAAGCCUGUGUGAAAGGAUUUUACCGUGUGCUUUGAUUUGUCUAGUCAAUGUAGAGUGAUGCAAAUAUUUGCACAUUCACUUGAAAUGUAUUGCCUCUUUCUUGUUUGUGUGCAUCCAAAAAUAACGGGCAUCAACAGUGCCACAUCUAAUAAACAGCUCGUUGCUUCUUA